AUGGAUGUUUCAGCGAGAAACCCUUAUUUCAUUGCAGAAGAUGAUGAUGAUGAUGAUCUGGCUUCUUCCUUAUCAGAGAUGGAAGCUGGGUUUUCUGGUGGAAACUCACGAAACGAUGUCGUUUCACGUCCUUUCUCUUACACUAGAAUGAAUAGUCUCAGGAACACGAACUAUUGUCACAAUAACUACCCUUAUUACCAUCAGUACUCUGUUUCGUCUCCGAGAUCUGUCGUUUCGGGAAGAUUCCAUGAUUUCAGAUUCGAUAAUCAACAGCCUCAUUUCUUGGAUUCUUGUUUCCUUUGUAAGAAACCACUUCACAACAGAGAUAUCUACAUGUACAGAGGAGACAUACCGUUUUGUAGUGAAGAGUGUAGACAAGAACAGAUAGAGAGAGAUGAAGCAGAAGAGAAGAAAAAGAAUCUGUCUUAUUCAGUGAAAGCAGCAAUGAGGAGAAAAGAACAACGAAGCUCUUCUUCUUCUCCGACAAGAUCUCGUGAUUAUGCUCUUCACAACGGUCCUGUUGCUGCUGCUUGAAGUUGCGAAUCUGAUGAUGAGUUUGAUGAGUUUGGGAACUAUAUAAUAUAAUUAGGUUAAAGAAACAAAAGUAGUGAGAUUGUGUCUUAAAGUUGUUUGGAAGCUGGUCUUUGGAUCGUCUUUUGAUCUUUUUUAAUCUAAAAGAUCAGUUUACUUUCGCUUGAAGUUUUCAAGGGAAAGUAGAAAGCUAAAGAUCCUUUUUUAACUCCUUCCUUGUUUUUUUUUCUUUAACUUGGUUUUGGGAGUAUGAGAAGAGAGAAGAAAUUGUAAAUGCCUUGUGUGAAUCAACGUCCAUGGCAUGCUUGAGUUUCUUGUUUCUAUAAAAAGAAAAGAUAUGUAAACACUUAGCAAAGAAUGAGAGCUUAUAUAGAAG